GUGCCGGUGCAUACCUCGCCUCACUUUUUCUCUCCUCCUCCUUCUCCUCCUCCUCCUCCUCUUCUACCUCCUCCUCCUCAUACAACAGCACACUGUACAGAAAAUCAGGACCUGUUAGUCUGAACACUGCUGCCGGGGCGACUUGAAUACAGUUUCUCUCCCAGCUUAAAUCUGGACCCACAGCCACUACCCAAAUAAUGACAGGGAGCCUACGAGCAGCAGCGAGCACCUCGUCAACCCCGACUCAUUCGCCAAAUGAUACAAACACGCCAGGGCAAAAACAAACAGGAGGCCACAAUGCCAGCAAGUUCAUGAAUGAACUACACAGCAUCCACAUGCCUUCAUGGGCUGUCGCUGCCCUCUGCGUGGUGAUUCUGUGCGUGGUGCUGUCAUGUGCCGUGUGCGCGUGGAAAAAGUGCUUGAAAAAGAAGGACAAGGACAAAGAAAAGGACAAGAAAAAGGGGAAGGAGAAGAGCAAGGGAGGUUUUGACACGGAAAUGGAUGAAGGUUACAAUAAGACCUUGAAAGACGAACUUAAAGAAACGGAGCUGUCAGAUACUGAGCCCAAAGAGGACGAGAAGCUGGGCCGACUGCAUUUCACAUUAGACUACAACUUCACCGAGAACACGCUGGUGGUAGGCAUCUUGCAGGCCGCAGAGCUUCCUGCAAUGGAUGUGGGAGGCAGCUCUGACCCGUACGUUAAACUCUAUCUGCUCCCAGACAAAAAGAAAAAGUUCGAAACCAAAGUUCACAGGAAGACCCUAGAACCGAGCUUCAAUGAAACUUUCACAUUUAAGGUACCGUACACUGAGCUGGGCGGGAAGAGUCUGGUGAUGACUGUGUACGACUUCGACCGUUUCUCGAAACACGACGCCAUCGGAGCUGUGAAGAUACCAAUGAGCGGCGUGGACUUCAGUCAGUCUAUGCAGGAGUGGAGGGAUCUGCAGAAGGCGGAGAAGGAGGAGAGUGAGAAGCUCGGGGACAUAUGUUUGUCCUUGAGGUAUGUGCCUACAGCGGGGAAGCUGACAGUGGUGAUUCUUGAGGCCAAAAACCUGAAAAAAAUGGAUGUGGGUGGAUUAUCAGACCCUUAUGCGAAGAUCCACUUAAUGCAGAACGGGAAAAGACUCAAGAAAAAGAAAACAACGAUAAAGAAGAACACUUUGAACCCUUACUACAACGAGUCUUUCAGCUUCGAAGUGCCAUGUGAACAAAUAGAGAAGGUGCAGGUGGCAGUGACCGUGCUGGACUACGAUAAGAUUGGGAAGAAUGACGCCAUCGGGAAGGUGCUGCUGGGCAGUAACAGCACCGGCACCGAGCAACGCCACUGGGCGGACAUGCUGGCUAACCCUCGACGGCCAAUAGCCCAGUGGCACAGCCUCAAGCCGGAGGAUGAAGUGAACGCGCUGAUUUCCAGCAAGAAAUGAAGCCUGUUGGAUAAUGACAACCGGGAUUUACUUCAGCUACUUCCAAUUUAUGUACCUACCUCUCCUCUAAUUUCCCUUAAAAACGUUAAGCCUCUUACCUGAGUAAAUAUACCCAGUGAUACCCUGCUUUACCACUGACACCAACAAAGUAUUAUAAGCUUUCUUCUUUCAGUAAGUCCUUCCUCCUGCUUAAACCUAAACGGUUAUUUUAAGAAAAUAUAUAUCACAGUGUACAGUGCUAUUAAACUAAAUAUGAUAUUUUUAAA